AAAAAUCUUCGAAACGGAAAUGAAAAACAGAAAGGAGAUUCCUUCUCUCUUUAUUUUUCUGGAAUAAUAAAGAAGUUUUACUGGAAAUAUUUGUCCAAUUUUAUUAGGUGGUGGGUUAAUUCACGGUCUGAGCUAGGGUUUUCGAAAUGUUGAUCGGAGAUGGAAAUUUGAUCUGAUUUGAUUUUAAUUAGCAGGCCAAUCUUGUUUUGCCCUGAUUAGAGCUUUUAUUUAUUAUUUUAGCCGGCAGUGGUGAGCGAAAGCCAUUGGCAAAGGAGUAGAGCUUUUUCUUCUACGUCUUUCAAUUUCACGUCUUUCUUAUCUUACUUCAUUGGCAUUCUAUUAAGGCGAAUGCGAAGGUCGAGCAGUGAAAAGUUGGAGCUUAAGCUUACACGAUCAACGAAGGAGCACUAGCGUGAGGGAAAGAUAAGUUGCUUACUUUUCUUACGAUCUUUUGAAACCUAAGAUUUAGUUCGGGAGCUUUAAAGGAAUGGAUGUGGACUCGUUGAUGGAGAGAGAUCCACAACAACAAAAUCAGCAUUUAGAGAGCCAGACUUCAUCGCCGGGUCCUGGUGGAUCUCCGUCUCCUCCGUCGCUACAGGACGCCUCACCUGCUGUGCCUGAUGGUCAAGGACAUGCUCAAAUGACGGUGGUGGGGCCAAGGUGUGCGCCUCCUUAUUCGGUGGUGAAUGCGAUUAUAGAGAAGAAAGAAGAUGGCCCCGGCCCUAGAUGCGGGCAUACACUAACGGCUGUGGCAGCGGUGGGGGAAGAAGGGACGCCUGGUUAUAUUGAGCCCAGGCUGAUUCUGUUUGGUGGUGCCACUGCACUGGAAGGGAAUUCUGCUGCUUCAGGAGCUCCAUCAUCUGCUGGAAGCACUGGCAUCAGACUAGCAGGUGCUACUGCUGAUGUGCAUUGUUAUGACGUGUUAACUAAUAAAUGGUCUAGGAUCACACCUUUGGGGGAGCCACCUACACCAAGGGCUGCACAUGUUGCAACUGCUGUUGGAACCAUGGUUGUUAUUCAGGGUGGGAUUGGACCAGCUGGUUUGUCUGCCGAGGAUCUUCAUGUUCUUGACCUCACACAGCAACGGCCACGGUGGCAUAGAGUUGUUGUUCAAGGCCCUGGCCCAGGGACACGCUAUGGACAUGUGAUGGCUUUGGUUGGGCAAAGGUAUCUCAUGGCGAUUGGUGGGAAUGAUGGAAAGAGACCUUUGGCUGAUGUAUGGGCCUUGGACACUGCUGCCAAGCCUUAUGAAUGGCGUAAAUUGGAACCUGAAGGGGAAGGUCCACCUCCAUGCAUGUAUGCUACUGCAAGUGCACGCUCAGAUGGUCUUCUUCUGCUCUGUGGAGGGAGGGACGCAAACAGUGUGCCACUGGCAAGUGCAUACGGACUUGCGAAACAUAGGGAUGGUCGUUGGGAAUGGGCAAUUGCUCCAGGUGUCUCACCAUCUCCUAGAUAUCAACAUGCAGCGGUCUUUGUCAAUGCAAGACUCCAUGUUUCUGGUGGGGCACUUGGUGGUGGACGCAUGGUUGAAGACUCAUCAAGUGUUGCAGUGUUGGAUACCGCUGCGGGAGUUUGGUGUGAUACAAAAGCUGUUGUUACAAGUCCGAGAAAUGGAAGAUUCAGUGCUGAUGCUGCUGGUGGAGAUGCUUCAGUUGAGUUGACAAGACGUUGCAGACACGCGUCUGCAGCUAUUGGUGACUUGAUAUUUAUUUAUGGUGGUUUACGUGGUGGGGUGUUGCUUGAUGACUUGCUAGUUGCUGAAGACCUAGCUGCCGCUGAGACAACGACAGCAGCUUCACACGCUGCAGCUGCAGCUGCUUCUUCUAAUGUGCAACCUGGGCGGUUACAUGGAAGGUAUGGAUUUAGUGAUGAGAGAACAAGGGAAACAAUGUCUGAAGCAUCUCCCGAUGGAGCAGUUGUGCUGGGAAAUCCAGUUGCUCCCCCUGUAAAUGGUGAUGUGUAUACUGACAUAAGCACUGAGAAUGCCAUGCUUCAAGGAUCCCGGAGGAUGAGCAAAGGUGUCGAGUAUUUGGUUGAAGCAUCAGCUGCUGAAGCUGAGGCUAUUACUGCAACACUGGCUGCUGCCAAGGCACGGCAAGCUAAUGGGGAAGUUGAACUUCCCGAUAGGGAUCGAGGGGCAGAGGCUACACCUAGUGGAAAACAAACAUCUACCUCUACUAAGAUGCCUGAUUCUGCUGGGUCAAAUAAUGCUACUCCAGCUGGAGUUCGGCUUCAUCAUAGAGCUAUUGUCGUAGCUGCUGAGACUGGUGGAGCUUUAGGUGGAAUGGUCAGACAGCUUUCAAUUGACCAAUUUGAAAAUGAAGGCAGGCGGGUUAGCUAUGGAACACCAGAGAAUGCAACUGCAGCAAGGAAACUCUUAGAUAGGCAGAUGUCAAUCAGUAGUGUCCCAAAGAAGGUCAUUGAGCAUCUUUUGAAGCCUCGUGGUUGGAAGCCUCCUGUUCGCAGACAGUUUUUCUUAGAUUGCAAUGAAAUUGCAGAUCUCUGUGAAAAUGCUGAAAAUAUAUUUUCGGUCGAACCAACUGUUUUACAGCUCAAGGCUCCUAUUAAGAUAUUUGGUGAUCUACAUGGACAGUUUGGGGAUCUUAUGCGCCUUUUUGAUGAAUAUGGUUCACCUUCAACGGCUGGGGACAUUGCAUAUAUAGAUUAUCUCUUCUUAGGAGAUUAUGUGGACCGGGGCCAGCACAGCUUGGAGACCAUUACUCUUCUGCUUGCUUUGAAGGUUGAGUAUCCCAAUAGCAUACAUUUAAUUCGGGGGAAUCAUGAGGCUGCAGAUAUCAAUGCACUUUUUGGCUUCCGGAUCGAGUGUAUUGAGCGCAUGGGUGAGAGAGAUGGAAUAUGGGCAUGGCAUUGCAUAAACCGUUUAUUCAAUUGGCUUCCUCUGGCAGCUUUAAUUGAAAAGAAAAUCAUUUGUAUGCAUGGUGGCAUUGGCCGGUCUAUAAAUCAUGUGGAACAGAUUGAGAAUCUACAGCGUCCAAUUACAAUGGAAGCAGGCUCGAUCGUUCUUAUGGAUUUAUUAUGGUCUGAUCCAACAGAGAAUGAUAGUGUGGAAGGGUUGAGACCAAAUGCUAGAGGUCCGGGGUUGGUUACUUUUGGGCCUGAUCGUGUCAUGGAAUUUUGCAGCAACAAUGAUCUUCAGUUGAUUGUUCGAGCUCAUGAGUGUGUUAUGGAUGGAUUCGAGCGUUUUGCUCAGGGACAUUUAAUCACUCUUUUCUCAGCAACCAAUUAUUGCGGCACUGCUAACAAUGCUGGUGCAAUCCUAGUUUUGGGUAGAGAUUUAGUAGUAGUUCCGAAGCUCAUUCAUCCUCUACCCCCGGCAAUGUCACCUGAAGCAUCAUCGGAACGUCAUGUAGAUGAUACAUGGAUGCAGGAGCUUAAUGCUAACAGACCUCCGACGCCUACUAGAGGUCGUCCUCAAGUAACAAACGAUCGAGGUUCUCUCGCUUGGGUGUAGGAGGCCCUUCCACUUGUUUCUAUAGACUCAUUCGGUCUCAUGCAACCACCUGGAGGGGAUUCUGGUAUAGACAGGCAUCCCAAAACUGUAAUCUGUCAGAUUAAAAGCCAAUUUUCACCUCAUGAUAUGCCUCGAGAUUUAUGAAAGAUGCUAGCUCGGGAGUUGAGUUUCAGGCAUCGCAGCUGAACGUUUCGAUCUGUGAAUCGAGACUGGUGGGUUGUUCUUCGUAAGGGUUGGUAGUGUUGAGCAUUUUUCACAUUUAAUUACAUAUACAUUGUUCCUGGUUUUCGGUGUUGAGUUGAUGAAGGGAUACGAUUGUGGGCGUACGUUGUAUCAUAGAGGUUUUGAUUGCUGUAUUUUUCUCAUUUAUUUCAGCUUUGGUCAAUGUACUAUUUGUGUUGA